CACUAGAAGUUGCUUGCCGCUGCGGACUCGUCCCCACACGGACUGCUUUACACCAAAAAUAUAGAAGUGCUCAUUUUUUUUUUACCCCUACAAAGCUGCACCACUAAGGCGAAACGGCGACCUCAGUCGAUUACCUUUCUUUCCUUUGCUAUCCCAUGGAUAUUCACUGCAAAGCAGACCCCUUCUCGGCGAUGCACCCAGGGCAUGGCGGUGUGAACCAGCUCGGCGGGGUGUUCGUGAACGGCAGACCCCUCCCGGACGUGGUGCGGCAGCGGAUCGUGGAGCUGGCCCACCAGGGCGUCCGGCCGUGCGACAUCUCCAGACAGCUACGGGUCAGUCACGGCUGUGUCAGCAAAAUCCUCGGCAGGUACUAUGAAACCGGCAGUAUUAAACCCGGAGUCAUCGGUGGCUCCAAACCAAAGGUAGCAACUCCGAAGGUGGUGGAUAAAAUAGCAGAUUACAAGCGCCAGAACCCGACCAUGUUCGCCUGGGAGAUCAGGGACCGGCUACUGGCUGAGGGCGUCUGCGACAACGACACGGUCCCCAGCGUCUCCUCCAUCAACAGGAUUAUCCGCACCAAAGUCCAGCAGCAAUUCCACCCGUCCCCCGACGGAUCUGUCACGCCGCUCUCCCCGCCCGGCCACACCAUAGUGCCCAGCACAGCCUCCCCCCCUGUGUCCAGCGCCUCCAACGAUCCCGUAGGAUCCUACUCCAUCAACGGCAUUCUGGGUAUCCCCCGCUCCAACGGCGAGAAGAGGAAACGAGACGAAGGUAAGGGAGACACAAGACCUCCUUUUUUAAAGGCAGGCGGGGGGGGGGGGGGGGGGGGGGUUCAAAAGCUCUGGUCUGAGAGGGAUGGCUCUGAUGGCUCAGGCCCCGGCAGCGACUCUCAGGGCAGCGUUGAGAGUUUAAGGAAGCAUCUGCGAGCGGACGCCUUCACCCAGCAGCAGCUGGAGGCCCUGGACCGUGUGUUUGAACGUCCAUCUUACCCUGAUGUCUUUCCCACUUCAGAACACAUCAAACCUGAGCAGGCAAAUGAGUACUCUCUCCCGUCCCUGAACGCUGGCCUGGAAGACGUGAAGCCAAGCCUCUCCAGCAGCGCCAGCUCCGACCUCGCCUCCAGUGUGUCCCAGAGCUACUCUGUUGUGACAGGUCGAGACAUGGCCAGUACCACCUUACCUGGCUACCCGCCUCAUGUCCCCCCCACAGGACAAGGCAGCUACCCCACCUCCACACUUGCUGGAAUGGUUCCUGGAGGGGACUUUUCGGGGAACCCUUACUCCCAUCCACAGUACACCAGUUACAAUGAAGCAUGGCGGUUCAGCAAUCCAGCAUUACUAAGUUCCCCUUAUUAUUAUAGUGCCGCAUCUCGUGGUUCCGGACCUCCCACUGCUGCCAGUGCCUACGACCGACACUAGUUACCACGGGGAGCGGCUCAAACUGCAGGGCCACGGCUUCGGCCUCCAUAUUGUCCCCGUCUGAGAAACACUGCGGUCAAGGAAAAGCGAGGUGGAGUCCUAAAGGAACCCCCCCCCCCCCCCGUGAUGUUAUGUGAUGAGGAGAGAGGAUCAGCGAGGUCGAUGCUGGCGCAUCUCGCCCCAAGCUUCAGCGUUACACACUUUGGGCCAAAACAAGGGGCCUACGGGGCGAUCAGAACUCACCCAUCACGCCCUCACUCUCUCACAGACCUGAAUAUUUCCAGAAUGACUUUAAGAGAUUAUAUAAAUAUAUAUAUUAUAAAAUAUAAAUUGAAGAAAAACAGUGUGAAGAAUACCAUGUGUAAAAAACAUGUCGUGGGUUUUUGUUAUUUUUGUUUCUUUGUUGCUGUUGUUGUUGUUUUUAUUUUAUUCAUGGAUCCUCACAUUCCUUUACGUAAUGAACUGCAGUAUUUUUCUGCUCUAAAGAGAGAAGUCCAGGGGAGAUGACAAUGGUCCCAUAGCUUGACGAUGCAGCGACUUGAACCAGUGUUGUAGGGCCCCUCUGACACUUAAUGAGACCCCGGCUCCACAAUGUAGGGCAGGCUUUACUCUGGUGCUUUCGACGACAUCUCCUGCUCCCAUUUCUCCACCCACAGUACGUUAUCAGAUAAACACAGCAUGUCCUACAACGUUUUCUGACCCUGUACAACAUCCCGCUCCCUGUGGCACACAAUCAGAUGUAAAAAAUGUAAAUCAUUUUUUUCAAAGUAUUAAAAAGGCGGUGACCAUGGACAAAAAAAAAAAAUGGUCUUGCGCCAAUUUUUCAAUACUUUCAAUUGUUUUGUUCGUCACAAUUUUUUAAUGUACAAAAAGGUAUCAAAGAUUUUUCCGAGCAGUCAUUCUCGUUUUGCAGUCAUGUCCAUGUCCACGCAUGAUUCGCUCUUUUUUUUGCACUAUAGCCUCAGCUUAGCGGAUUCCUUUGGAACAGUCACAGACAUUUAAGUUGAAUUAGCUUUCCGUUUGAAAUAUUAAGGCAUAAAAGACAGUUUUUGUCUUCCACAGAAUAAAAGUGAUGCUUUCAAUUUCCCGAAGUCAUUGUGAACCCCUGCUCUUUGGCAGCAUGAAAAAAAUCCUUUGAAUUCUCCUUGGUCUAACUUCAUUCAUACCACUAGAUGCCUACACAGUUUAGAAAGCUAUGCGCAGUUGAGCGAGCCAAUUGUACAUGAGCUUCAACAAUUGCCUUACAACCCAGUUUUUUCAACUUAAAUUCAUGCCUGUUCAAUGGAAUUAACUGCCUUUUCAAACCGAUAACCACCGGCCUCCUGGAAUUACCUUCAACUCUCCAUAGGGACAGAAAGACAAUACUGAUUCAGUUUGCUUUCCUUUUGUUUGUUUUUUGGAAAAUAUUUUGUGAAUGUACUUUUAAUUACAUUUGCCAAAGACUUAGUUUGAUAUUUAAUAUUUUAUUUACAGUAUAUGUAUGCAUAAGUAAAACAGUAUUAUCUUCUGAAUAAGUAGUCAACACUCAACAUGUUGGUCGUGACUCUUCAACAGGCGAACAACAUGUUGCAUAUGACUGUAAUGACAACAGUGAAAUUCAGUGACUCAAUAUUCCAACAGUUGCAACAAAAUGCUGCUUUGUAGAAUGAUUUGUGAAUAAUGUGAAGACAAUUCUUCUCUGUAAAUAAUAUCACACACACACAUACACACACACACACACACACACACACACCAUUGCAGUAUCAUACUAAUGUACUGGCACCCUUUGUAGAUAUACAGACUGAAAAAAAAAUGCAUUACAUUUGUGUCUUAAUGUAAUGUUGCGCUGAGAUGAAACGUGCAACUACUAUUUAACCUGUGGCUACGUCAGUAGCAGGUUUCAGAUUCUAACAUCACUUAGACUGUCUUUGUCAUUUUAUUUUAUUUUCAUGAAGUUGUCAUGAUGAUGUUUUAUGUCACUAUGCAAUGAGUUAAAUGGCUUUCUGUAUCAUCUUUUGUCGUUGGGCUCUGAACAAGUACUCCCUGUGAAAAACAGCAUAAACGUUAAGAGGUACAAACGACCUUCAGUGUGAAAUGGUUCCUCUCUAAUUUCACAAAUUCCCUUGAAUCACGACGUGAUCAAACUAAAGUCCUUGGCAACAAUCAAAGAUAUUGUCCUGUUUGCUGUUAGUAGAUGUUGUGAUCAUUAUGUUAAUUCAAAUUACAGUCAUCUGUGCUCCCAUGUAUAGAAAAACAUCCACGCUUAUUCCCUAGUCACCCAUCUUUCCCCCCUCCCCCCGCUCUACUCUUUUUCUCAAACGCCAAUACAACACAACGCUGUAGCUCAAGGCGUCCGAGAUGCAGUUUACUUUAUUUCUACACAAGCUAACACAUCCUCUGGUACCAGGCUUAACUGUCAUUGCAGAGGGAACCAGAGAAACAGAGAAAGAGACUGUGGCCCUGCUGCUCAGGAGAAGCUAUCCUCUACAAAUUGCACACGGGAUUUGCCUAUUUCUGUCUACAUGUAGCUCGACACAUCUGAAGAUGAAACACUGGCACAGAGUGCACGCCACGUCAUUCAGGCUAAGUCAUUGCUUUAGGAAGCGGAGCACCUCUGUGGGGAUGGGUCUUCUGCUGUAGUAAAGAUGAUACAGGAGAUGUGUCAUGGACAUAAAAAGGAUUUCUGAUGAAAAUCUAUACAGAAAGCCUUGUGGCCUCAAUCAUUGUUCUGUUUCAGUUCUGUUCCAAUUCUUUUUGUGCACAUGAGAAAUAAAUUCUUUUAUAUGUCA